ACUUCCUUCAACAUCUUUUCUUUCCUCUCCUACUUUCAUUCUUUUAUAUAUAUAUAUAUAUAUAUUUUUUCCUAGAACUCCUUUAUCCUUCAUCAUGACUAUCGAGGUCCCUGAAACCAAGUAUGACUACAAGAACUAUACUCAAGGCCCCAUUGCCUACCCUGUGCAAAAGCGAUCCCAAAGAAUCGACAUUGGUGAUGGGCUUGUCAUGCGUUGGUCGACUCGCGAAGAUGCGGACAAUGUUGCUGAUUGCAUGGCCGAGGCUUUUCGCUGGAUGCCAGGAGCUGAAAUUGUCAAGGAAGAUGAGCGGCCUGGUCCUCAUGCUAUUGUCCAUGCGGCCAUGAAACGACUGCUGCACGGCAAUCAUGGCGUGAUGACAGAAUUCGAUUACGCUCUCGUAGAGAACACUCUAGCCAAAGAAGGUGAAAACCCUAUUGUGGCCUGUAUCUGUCUCCAUGCUUGUAGUGGAUACUAUGGCAAGGUCCGUCUGGUCUAUGGCAAACCAGAAUGUGUUGGUACCCUUCCAGAAUACCGUAACAGGGGCUUAAUCCGUCGACUGUUCCAUGAAAUGAUCCACCCAGCUUCCGAUAGCCGUGGCGAUCUUAUCCAGAUCCUUCCUGGGAUCCCUCACUUCUAUCUCCAAUUCGGAUACGAAUACGCAUGCCGUGAUCGAACCCCUCUCAUAAUUGAGACUCCUCUAACGGUCCUCCCCGACCUCGAUCCAACUUCUAAAAAAGGACAAAACGGUGAUCUUGUCCCAGAUGAAACUCUCUUUGCGCUUCGAGCCCCUACUUUGGACGACAUCCCUUAUCUGGUCAAGAUGAGUACGCCUGAACGGCUAUUGAAUCAAGCAAAAAUCGGCUUGAUCUAUGAUGAAGCUUACUGGAAAUACACAGCCUUUGAAUGCUGGCGGACCCAAUCCUGCAAGUAUGACACUCCUCGAACCACCAGGAUCAUCGUUGAUCCAAAGACCGGUCGUGAUUGUGGUAUUGCCACCAUCAAUGUUCGGAAAAUCCCUGUGCUUCAUAUCUUUACACUUGAGGAAGGGUAUCAAUACCGGGAUGCACUCUACCCUGUCUUGCGUCAAUUAAUCCAUAUCAUUAGUCAGCCCACUCCCUGGGAACUGAAGCAACAGCAACAGCAACAGAAAGAAAAGCAAGCUGAUGAAAAACAAGAGCAAAACAAGCAAGACAAUAAAAAGGAGGCAGCGGUAGAAAAUGUUGAAGCCAAAGAGGACAACAAGCCAAACUCUCCGGCGCCGGCCCAGAGCGAGAAAAAGAUUCAGACACUCGGCAUUGCUUUGGAUUACCAACAUCCAAUCGCUCAACUUCUCGAAAGUAAAUCCAAGCUUAGUUCAUUCGAGCUUCGGUUCUACACUCGCAUUUUCUCUUAUGCAAAGUUCAUCCUUAAAGUGGCUCCGGAACUCGAAGAUCGUCUGGCCAAGUCUUGUCUCGCAGGCAUUACUGUCACUUGGCAAUUCGAUUUCUUUCGUAAAGUCGUCGGCUCUGCAGGGCGUGGACUCGAGAUCGUCUUCAAAGAGGGCAAGAUCGUCUCUGCUACAGAUGACUAUGUCCCCCUCUCAAAUGAUGCCAAAAUGCUUGCGGCUCGCAAGAGAAUCGCUCUGGCGAAAGCAGAAGGUCGACCUGACAAGAAGCCUUUGAUCUUCUCGGCAGAAUUUGCGCCCCUUUCGUUCACAAAGCUGCUAGUCGGUGAGAAGAGCCUUGAGCAGAUGUUGGAGCAUUAUGCGGAAGCUUCCGUUUCUGACCCGGACGAAGGCACAGGACAUGAAGCAAAAAUGAUGCUUAACAUUUUGUUCCCAAAGCAGCAGUUUCACAUGGACACGUUCUGGUGGUAACAUCUUUCACAUCGACAGUCAUAGCCCCUUCCGUGCUAG